AUGGAGGAAUACAACAUCACUACUCCACUGGAUGACGAAUACUUCAAUUAUGACUAUGAUGACUAUGAUAACAUCACUGACAUCUUAGAUAUCGUCAUCAGUAACAGAGUCUCCACAGAUGUGGUGGGGUGGCUCAUCGUUUGCAUUGGAUUUCUUCUGACUUUCAUGGCCAUCUAUGCACUUUACUCCCUGAUUACAAUGGAUCACACCGUGCCAAUCUACAUCAUCAACCUCCUGAUCUCAGAUCUGAUUCAGCUCUGCUGCACGACUGCAGAAAAGAGCACAGGCAAGCUACAUUACAUCAACAUGCAUACGUACUAUUACAGCGUCUUGGUCAGCGUUGGAUUCAUGGUGUGUGUCUCCUUUGAAAGGUAUUUGGUCAUCGCUCAGCCAGUGUGGUACAGAUUCAGACGAAACAUCAAGAUACCUGUGGUGGUUUGUGUUGUAGUCUGGACCCUUCCUCUUAUUUAUCUCAUCCCUGUUUAUUUUCAACUUGACUUUCAGGUUGAAGCAACCAUUUUUGCCGUCUAUCUCCUCCUCCCCCUCCCCUUGUUUGUGCUUUCCCUGGUCGGGACCCUCAGAGCCCUGUCUCUAGCACGCAGAGUCCCUGCAGAUGAGAAACGACGAAUUGUGGCCAUUCUGGUUGUUGUGCUGCUCAUUUACAUUGUGCUGUUCCUUCCCACCACUAUCUGGUUCCUGAGAGAAGAAUUGAGAAAAAAUAUUUUAUAUUUCCACUUGACGCACACUUUUCUUGCUAUUAGUCCGCUAGCAGACUGCACAUUGUAUAUUUUCAUUAGAAAAAGUGCCAUAGACGAGCUUUUAGCCUCACUGUGUUGCUGUAAAAUGUACAACGUUCAAACGAACAGCAGAACCAAUGACAGCACAACACCUUCAUGUAGCCAAACCAUUUAGGUUUUAACAUUGCUUUUCAUGUUUUUGUAUCAUACAGAACAAACAUUUUGAUAAGUUCUACUGAUAAUUAGGAUGACGGUCUUAAAUAGUGUUGCACAUACAUUUUUCAUUAUUUUCUUAAUUUCUAUUUCUACACAUUCAGUCGUUUUGGUUUUCUAUGUGAAAAUGAAAUAUAUCUGUUCCUGAUAUUAAAGCCACAUACAUGAAGACACAAGAAAACAUAAAAUCGGUAGAUUCUGUUACUUUCUAAUGUAGCUCGGAGCUUUUUGUUAAAAAGACUUUUGUGGCUGUAGUGACCUUUAUUUUGAAAGUUACUUCACAGGAAAUGGUUAGAGAGAGG